UACAAUUAAUCACAACCGCUGCCCCUUUUCUCCAUAAAACCCACGCAAAUUUUCCCUUUAAGCUCACAACCAGCAAAAGCCAAAGAUGGGCCUCUCUAACCACCUCUGCGACCUCUCCGGCGGCUCCAUACUCAUCCUCCUCGUCACCGUGGUCUCAGCAUGGCUCUCCUUCUUCCGCUCUCUACACCUUCACCGCCCUGCAGCCCAAAGAUUACAAGCCACCGGUUAUUCCUCCCCCGUGGCCGCCGAGCAGCUGAAAGCCUGCCGACCGUAUAAUCACAUCAGCGAGGGCGAAGAGGAAGCCGAAUGCGCGGUUUGCCUGUGUGGGAUUAGGACAGGGGAGAGGGUGCGACGGCUAGGAUGCUACCAUCUGUUUCAUAGUGAGUGUUUGCACGGUUGGAUUAGAGGGAGCAAUCCGACCUGCCCACUCUGUAGGUCGCCGUUGUUGGCUGAGGAGCAGCGCGCCGCCGUGGAAAGCCGGAUUGCGGCGGAGCACCACCCCUGGUUUUCAACCCACUAGACCUCAAGUAGAGGCUAACUAGUGGUUGGUGGCAAUUAUGCAUAAAUCUUUAUUGUUUUGGUUCAACUAACGGAUUUUUGUAAGAAAUCUUU